CACCGCACAAUGAAGAUGGUUCACGGUCUGGUGGCCGCUUUACUGUGCCUGGGGUGUGUAUCAGUGCGCGCACAGACCGACGCGAUCCCGACAUGCAUUCCGUUGGGUGACGUCACGGGUGCUCCUGGCGGGACGGGGCCGACACGGGAACCACGGGGGGGCGGCCAGGGCCAAGGCGGCGGGGACCAGGCGGACCCCGCCCCGAGCACCACCCCGAUGCGAGCCCGAAGCAACGCCGUCACCUCCACCCUUCCCAUCUGCCCCAACGGAACCGGAAACCCGCCAACCGGAAGGAAAUGGAAGGGGAGAAGUUCCGGGUCAAAGGCUGGACUGUCAGCGCCUGCGCUGUUCACGGUUGCCCUGACCGUUCUGCGCAUGUUAUAAUUUCUUUUCUUGUACGCUGUCAAUAAUUUAUGCAUGACGUCAAUGGCUCUACACCAAUCAGAAUCAGGUGGGUCACUGACUGACAAGGUUAUUGCAAUCAUAAGAAGAAUGUUGAUUAUAAGGACAUGCAGUAGACAUACACUUUGCUAGGCUACAGUGCAUGCAUGCAGCUGACAUGUUAUACACACCGAGACACAUGAAUGGAGUGGUGGCAAGAAGAUGUUUUGGCCUGGAUUCGAUGUAAACUGAAACCGUUCUCUAUCCGCCAUCUUGUCCUGACCUUGACACGUUCCCACGCUGAGAACCACGCAGAUUUCCUACGUUACGAGGAGUAAUUAGUUG